AUGCAGACCCUCCUCUUCCUCCUCCUCUGCGUCCUCGGCGUCCUCGUAUCUUCGGAUGAGAAGCUCGAGUACACCCGCAUUAUCAACGGCAGGUGGAUCCCGAAGAAGAUGGUGGUCUGGACGCCCGGGGUGCUCAUCAACAUCACAUGGCUGUCCGUCGCCCUAUCUAAAGUGGCGUGGUGGUUCGCAUAUAUGACGCAGAACAUGGCGUGCAGGUGCUGA